GCUGCUGCAGUCCCACUCGUAGAAAACCAGGCAACGCUCGCAGGACAAGAACCCCCUGAGAUAAAAUGAAGACCUCUGCGUACAGCCAGAGAACACUGAAGGUGAAUGAAUCCAGCAGGGUGCAAGUUCAGGGCCGGGAAGGGAUCCAGGAGGGAGAGUCCGGCGCCAAAGCCUACGUUCAUCGUCCCAAUGAGAAGGAAGAGCUGCAGCAGCUGAACUCCCGCUUCGCGGGCUACAUCGACAAGGUCCGCUCGCUGGAGGAGCAGAACCGGGCCCUGCGCGCCGAGGUGGAGGAGCUGAGCGACCUCCUGAAGAAGCAGGGGCCGGGCAUCUCUGAGGAGUACGAGAAGCAGUUCCAGGAGCUCAAGCGUCUGAUUGAGAGUUUAAACAAAGAAAAAAGCGCGGCUGACAUCGAGAGAGGGAACCUCGAGGAGGAGAGCGAGAUCUGGAGCGUCAAGUGUGACGAAGAACUCACCGUGAGAGGAGAGGCAGAGAAGACGUUGAGGGAAUUCCGUCAGGAUGUGGAUAACGCCACCCUGCAGAAGCUGGACCUGGAGAAGAGGGUUGAACAGCUUGUCGAUGAAAUCGAGUUCCUCAAAAAACUCCACGACGAAGAGGUCGCCGACUUACUCAAGCAGAUCGAGGAAUCCAAAGUUAACGUGGAGCUCGAAAGCAGCCGUCCUGACCUGGCGGCAGCACUACGGGCCUUGCGCGUUCAGAUCGAACAGGCGGCCGCCAAAAACAUCCAAGAUGCGGAGAAGUGGUACAAGACCAAGCUGAGCUCCCUGAAGGGGCAAGUGAGCAAGAAUGAAGUGAAGAUCAAGACCAUCAAAGAAGACAUCAGCAGAUAUUCUUCUCAGGUGUCUGACCUGCAGAGUCAGAUCGAUUUAUUGAGGGCCCGCAAUGAAGCCCUGGAGAAGCAGCUGGAGGACAUGGAAGCCAAACAUCUAGAAGAAGCAGCCAUGCUCCAGGAGGUCAUCACUCAGUUAGAAUGCCGACUCUUGGAGACAAAGGCAGACCUGGCCAGAUAUUUACAAGAUUAUCAAGAUCUGCUCAACAUCAAACUCAAGCUGGACGCUGAGAUUGCCAUGUACCGGAAACUGCUGGAAGCGGAGGAGCAGAGGCUCGGGAUCAAUUCGGAAAGCGAGGCUCGCGGUGAUAGCCCUGACGCCCAAACAAGCUCCGUGACCCAGAAGGUGGAGACACGCAUAUCGUCACGCACACACGUGACCAUUUAGGAAGCCAUCGGCCUCCUCUCCAUCACAUCCGAUCCCUAUAGCCGGCUUCCUCGUUCCUUGAACAUUAUAUAGGCUUUUGCGGUCAAACAGUAACAUUGUCUCUUUGCGGUGUUAUGUUGGAGAACGUGCAUAUUGGCACAUUUGGUUUCCUCUUUCCAUUGAUUGUGAGAGCCUGUUCACCCAAAAUAAAGGUUAUAUCUAUGCAUGAUAAAUAA